CGGCAAAGCCCAGACCCAGGGGGCGCGUGCGCACUAGUGCAACCCGAAAGGCUCCGUGGAAGGCCGCGGCAUUUAGGGAGCGUCUGCAAAGACCAGGAAAGGAAGCCAGGGGUCGUCUAACAAGACCGCUGCGGGUCGCAGCCAAUUCCAGUCCGCUACGACUGAACGCCCCUCUUGGAUUAAGCAAGUUUUCCAGCCCACCUAUCAAUCACCGGUCUGAGCUGUCCAAUCAGCGGACCGAGGGGGCGGGACUGCUUGGAGAGUCGAGUGACGUCAGCAGGCCUGGCAGCCAGAAGCUUGACGGACGAGGCUCGCGACCGAGGAGCUGUUAGCCGGCGCCGCAGCGGUAGUUGAUUUAAACAGCGCCUUGCCCCUGCGGGUCCUGAGACAACUCCUGGCUGGGUUGAGGAAGGUUUAUGUUCCCGAAACCUUGGGAGCUGUCAUAGCUAAAGAGAAGGAAAUCUCAGUCUCCUGGAGGGGUCACCCCUCUAAAGAUAGCUUCUGCCCCGUUUUUUGGAAACCCUGGUAUUUCUAGAGCAGGAUUUGCUUUCACCAAACCCAAGUUGGAGACAGGAGGAGCCCCUUCACAGAACAUAAGGAUGCUGUAACCAGAAGAUGGGAUCACGGAACAGCAGCAGUGCAGGAUCUGGGUCCUUAGAACCCUCUGAGGGCUUGUCCCGAAGAGGGGCUGGCCUGCGUCGUAGUGAGGAAGAAGAAGAAGAGGAUGAAGAUGUGGAUCUGGCCCAGGUACUGGCCUAUCUCCUCCGCAGAGGCCAAGUGAGGCUGGUGCAAGGAGGAGGUGCAGCAAAUUUACAGCUCAUCCAGGCCCUCUCAGACUCAGAGGAGGAGCAUGACAGUGCCUGGGACGGUCGCCUCGGAGAUCGAUACAACCCACCUGUGGAUGCAACCCCUGACACCCGGGAGCUGGAAUACAAUGAGAUCAAGACACAGGUGGAAUUAGCCACAGGGCGGCUGGGACUUAGGAGGACUGCCCAGGAGCAUAGCUUUCCUCGAAUGUUACACCAGAGAGAACGGGGCCUCUGCCACCGGGGAAGCUUCUCCCUUGGAGAACAGUCUCGAGUGAUGUCUCACUUCUUGCCCAAUGAUCUAAGCUUCACUGAUACCUACUCUCAGAAGGCUUUCUGCGGCAUCUACAGCAAAGAUGGUCAGAUCUUCAUGUCUGCUUGCCAAGAUCAGACAAUCCGACUGUAUGACUGUCGGUAUGGCCGCUUCCACAAGUUCAAAAGCAUCAAGGCUCGGGAUGUAGGCUGGAGUGUCCUGGACGUGGCCUUCACUCCUGAUGGAAACCACUUCCUGUACUCCAGCUGGUCUGAUUACAUUCAUAUCUGCAACAUCUAUGGGGAAGGAGACACACAUACUGCCCUGGAUUUAAGGCCAGAUGAACGUCGCUUUGCUGUCUUCUCCAUCGCUGUCUCCUCAGAUGGACGAGAAGUUCUAGGAGGAGCCAAUGAUGGCUGCCUGUAUGUCUUUGACCGAGAACAAAACCGGCGUACUCUUCAGAUUGAGUCUCAUGAGGAUGAUGUGAAUGCAGUGGCCUUUGCUGACAUAAGCUCCCAAAUCCUGUUCUCUGGGGGAGAUGAUGCCAUCUGCAAAGUGUGGGAUCGACGAACCAUGAGGGAGGAUGAUCCCAAGCCUGUGGGAGCACUGGCUGGACACCAGGAUGGCAUCACCUUUAUUGACAGCAAGGGUGAUGCCCGGUAUCUCAUCUCCAACUCCAAAGAUCAGACCAUUAAGCUUUGGGAUAUCAGACGCUUUUCCAGCAGAGAAGGCAUGGAAGCGUCACGACUGGCUGCUACGCAGCAAAACUGGGACUAUCGCUGGCAGCAGGUGCCCAAGAAAGCCUGGAAGAAGUUGAAGCUCCCAGGCGACAGCUCCUUGAUGACCUACAGAGGACAUGGAGUGCUUCACACUUUGAUCCGAUGCCGAUUCUCCCCAGCCCACAGCACCGGCCAGCAGUUUAUCUACAGUGGCUGUUCUACUGGCAAAGUGGUUGUGUACGACCUCUUAAGCGGCCACAUUGUGAAGAAGCUGACCAAUCAUAAGGCCUGUGUGCGUGAUGUCAGCUGGCAUCCCUUUGAAGAAAAGAUUGUCAGCAGUUCGUGGGAUGGGAACCUACGUCUGUGGCAAUACCGCCAAGCCGAGUACUUCCAGGAUGACAUGCCAGAGUCUGAUACGAACAGAGUCUGUUCCAGUGGCCCUACUCCGGUGCCCUGCCCAUCUGUGGCCUUUUCCUCACCUCACCCAGUGUCCUUUAUCAUGAUCAACUUCUGA